AUGGCCGACUCUCUGUUCUUGGACGAAGUGGUGGGUUUCCUGCACAAUAUCGACGAUCCGACUGUCUCCGGCGCCGAUCUGUUGCUUUCUCUCGAUAAGGAAGAACCUUUGUUCUCCCUCCCAGACACGGACAUCGCAUUGCAGCUGCUAGACGUGUCACCGAUCGAAGGUCUCUUCAGUUCCUCGGACGAUGAUAGUAAAGACCAUCACUCCGCUACCGACAGUGACUGUACGUCUGUGAAAACGGAGAGUAUCGCCUCGACCUCCUCUCCACGAACCACCGAGGUGCCGGUGGAGAACAUCCGCUCUAGGGACGCCAUUCGACGCAGCUCCUACAGACAGAAGCGAAAGGUCGAGAAAGCCGAACUUUACAAGGAAGUAGAGCAGCUGUCGACUCAGCUGUCAGCACUUCAGAGCAGGGAAGAUGCUGUUAAAGCCAGAAGAGGCUUGGGACUUGCCCAUACGGCGGUGUGGAAGGCGCUUGCCAACCGCCACUUGCAGGCCAGACUUGUUGCUGAAGAACAGCAACGCCGACUCCGUGAAGCCGUGGAACGAAGGUCGAUUAUUAUCAGAGAUCUGGGGACUAUUAUCAGAAAGAGGAUCAGUGAGGAAAACGACGGGUGUCAUGCUAACUCGCCAUUUAAAAGAGCUCGGGUCGAGUCUCCCGACAUGGCUCUGUAUGAGACCUUUAUCAAGGAGCUGGACGAGGUGUACGCCAGAACCGAUAACACUUUCAAAGAAUCUGAAAUCCAGGCUUCUCCGAACGACGACGGGUUUUACAACCUUAAGCGCGCAAUGUCCAGGAGAGCUAGCUACCACGAACUGACAGGAAAGUCGACAACGCCCUUCCCUUUUGACCGGGUGCGAGCUUAUGUUGGUCAAAUCAAGUGCAUGGAGCAACGUGCUAACUGUGAGCGAAUCCAACUGCCGGGUAUUUCAGAUGACACGACCGUUGUCAAGUUCCGGAUUCAGGCCCGUGUGGGCAAUGCAAUUGGGUCCCUCGUGCAACAUGCCAUCACACGUCGGUACUACGAAAGUGAUCGAAUAGUGGUAGUGUGGCGAAAGUUCACUGAAGGGGAGGGAGUGUAUGCGGGCAUGCACUCGGAUGAGACGGGGUGGAACAUCAUUCGACCGUCUUCAGACGGCGCUGGCACUGUCAUGGAGUCGAUCAUUCGCUACGUGCCGAUGUCGUUCAGUACCGUGGCGAGUGCUGGUAGCAAGCUGAACGAGUUCACCGACACCAUCAUUUCAGCCGGUGAAGAAGACUGCCAUGCCUGCUUGCAGAAGCUCGAAGCUCUUCUUCUGGACGAUGCACUGGGCGUGUGCUGA